CGCGCUGCAGUGGCUGCGGCGGCGAUGAGGUUAUCAGGGACCAAUGGGGACGGGAGGAUUCCUGAUGGACACUUGUCUGCCUUUGCCACAGAGCGUCUCGAGCCGCGAAGAAAAUGGUGGAAAAUUCACCGUCGCCAUUGCCAGAAAGAGCGAUUUACGGCUUUGUCCUUUUCUUAAGCUCCCAGUUUGGCUUCAUUCUCUAUCUUGUAUGGGCUUUCAUUCCUGAAUCUUGGCUAAACUCCUUAGGCUUAACAUACUGGCCUCAAAAGUACUGGGCGGUGGCCUUGCCCGUCUACCUCCUCAUCACGAUAGUGAUUGGUUAUGUGCUCUUAUUUGGGGUAAACAUGAUGAGUACCUCCCCGCUCGACUCCAUUCAUACAGUCACAGAUAACUAUGCUAAAAAUCAACAGCAGAAGAAGUACCAAGAAGAGGCCAUCCCAGCACUAAGAGAUAUUCCUAUUAGUGAAGUAAACCAAAUGUUCUUUCUAGCAACCAAAGACCCUUCUAACACUAAAAACUGAAUUGUAUGUAGACUAACACCAAGCAUUUGUUUUAAUUUUUUGGCCACAAUUACUUUGACUUAAUAUUGAAAUGUU